UGAAAAUUAAAUUUUUUUUUAAAUAGCAAAUAAACAGCUCAAUAUUUGUAUAUCGCACCUACUUAAGUCAAAAGCUAUUUGUGGUCGAAAAUAGUAAAAUAAAUAACGAAAAAAUUUCAAUAAUAAAACUACUGUAAGUGAAACAUUCGCGAAGUGUGUUUGGUAUUUUGCGCUGGUGUUUAAUGAAGCAAACAUUUUGUGCAAGUGUUUGUUGUUGCGCGUAAAUAUUUGUGGCAAAGCGCGCAUUACAUGGCUUAACAUAGCCAAAAAAGCAGGAAAACGCCAGCACAGUGGGUCAAAAAUAAGCUUAAAAGUGUAGCUUUGGACUGCAGCCGCACUGAAACUUUGCGGUUUUAAGCCAUUUAAAGUAUACGAACAUUUGGUAUAAAUAUAGCUGUGUGUGUGACUUAACCGGAUUUGCGCUAAUAACUCUACAUAUACAUACCUAUAUAAGAAAUAAACGAACGCACUAAAGAAUUGUGUCGCAAUUUAUCACAGUUUAACUAAUAAUUUAUACGGCGGCUUUGCCUAUACUGCUGUGAAGUGUACAAAUUGAAUAUAGCUGGCAAAUAAAUUCAAUAGAAUAAGCGCCGCACGCCCAUGCUGUGCAGAAGAAUUGCCACUUGACAGCGCGCACACACAGGCACAGGCAGGCAGGCACACAACAAACAGCGGCGCAUUGGUUGCGGUGACGCUGAAUAAUUGAGGCGAAGCCACGCAAAUAAUCCUAUCAGCAAGCAAGCGCGCGGUCCGGCAAGGCGCCACAGCAAGGAAGUCAACUAAGUAGCGCAGACAAGUCGGAGCACUGCAAAGUCGCACGCGCGCGCUGUGUAUUUGUGCCAGCAAAAUAAGCAACUACAAGACGUAUGUACGUAGAAGAUAGAGCGCGCAGUGGGCAACUCAAUCACGGAAGUAGCAAACGCGCGCGAAGCGCAAACACGCUACUUCUACUUCCGCAGCGUAGCGACGUCACACUGUAUCGGUUUGCGGUCCUGUUGCGCCGCGCAAGCGAAUUUAAAGGAGAAACCGAAGUGAAAAACUUUUGCAAUAUCAACAACAACGUACAGCAACGCGUUGCGCCACAGGCGGCAACAAGCCAAAAAAAAGCAGAAAUCAGUGUUGGCACUGCAAAUACCAAGCGCAUAGCAAGCGCGUAGUGGCUUGCAGCAAUAAAUGUCAGCGCGUUGGCCAAUGCGAGGUCGGGAGUCGCGUUAAAAAUUCCAACUUCAAGUAACGAACCAACACACACACAUAUAUAUGUAUGUAUAUAGCUGGUCCGGAAGCCGCGAAAACUAAACUAAUUUUCAGCUUACGCAAACGCUACCAACGGCGCGCGUCAACACAUUUUUCUUACUCAAUGUUUCCGGUUGCCGCUGUGACCAAACAUCAGCACUAACGCCACGCGCUAGCACCGCCAGCAGCUGCUAAAGGCAGCAGCGCGCACACAGCCGCAAGUUUGCAGUUUGAAUUGGCGUUAGAGUUUGAGUUGGAAAGCGCCGUGCCCACCUUCGUGUUGUGUAGGUGGCGAAGCACAUAAGUCGUUUAUUUUUUAGCGUAAAACGCGCGUAAGGCAACUUGAAUUUAUAGUAACAAAAACGCAACGCGUUUGCAAUAUUUCAACGCCAACGACACUUGAAGUGCAGAGGACGCGUCACAAAAGUUCACUUUUUUUUACAAAUACUAAGCGCAAACGCGCAAAGCAACUUACGCAUUAGACGCGUAUGUAGUUUUUGAUAUAAGUAGCAGCAACUAGUGCCAAGCGUCACAAGCGCAGAACGUCGCAAAAGGUUCUCGCCUAUUUUCCGUACCGCGCGCCCCAACUAAUCUAACUCCUUCAUGCAGCGCCGUUCGUUUCGGUCAUAAUGUCGUAAUAACUGUCACCACUGUUUGCUUAAAUGCGAACGAGCCAGUGCAAACAGCUAGCCUGAGCAGUAGCAGAGUAGCUGCCGCAUGAGCGCCAUCAUUUAAGGACCUAAUGUAGCGCAUGAAAGGCAAACGCACCGAACGCAAUCGUAGCGCGCAAGGCGACUUCAUAAAGUAUGCGAAGCUAAGCCAAGUCAGACGGCGACGGCGGCGGCCAAAAGGAAAGUCAUCGUUAGUGUGGGUGCCAUUGCACUUUUUUCAUAUUUAAUUUAACGGAAAUUGUGUUGAAUUAGUGUGAACUAUAAAGCGGGCAACUAAACUAGCGCAGGCGAAGCAGUGAGUGGAUGGAAUAGCAAGAAAAAAAAAAAAUAAAUAGUGGCAUAAAAUAUACAAGUACUUACGAGUAAAAUAAAAUAGUUUACUUUAGUGUUAGUUCGAUGUGUGCCACCCCCCAUGAACUGAGUCCAUUCUGAGUUCUCAGUGUGUGCGUGUGUAUGUGCAGCCCCGCUGUGUGUAAAUAAUAGUUAUAUAAAGAAACUCAUACUCAAGUGCAUGCAAACACACACAUAUAUUUAUACAUACAUACAUACAAGUGUAAAGUGUCUAACGCGUAAUUCCGUUCAUACAUACAUACAUACAUACCGACACACUUGUAGCAACAGCGUUACAAAUCGCCAGUGAAAACGCGUAUGUGUGUUAGUGCGCGCGUUAGUGAGAUACUUGAAAGUUAUAACCAAGUCGAGCAGACCCAUUGAAGAGUUGAAGUGCGAAUAUCUAUAUACCUACAAAUAUAUAUAGUAAUACUGUAUAUGCGUAUAUCUGUCGCUCCAACAGCCGCGUUGCUGUUAGUCGGUCAGCAGUCAGUAAGGCAGUUAGCCAGCAGCGGAUGCGUUUCAUAAUGAAAAUCUAAUUUAUGCGCACCGGAUUGAAGUGGUCAUCCAUCUCUCUGCAGCAGGCGAUUUUUGCCAACCGUUUAUUUAUCACCACUUUUUAUAGUUGUUGUUGCCUCUGCAUCUUAUACGACUCGGUUGGUAUGCGACGCGACGUGACGCGUUACGUUCAAUGUGGAUUUGCAGCCAUCAACAUUAAUUUGUGCAUAAUUUCAUACGCAUUUCUGCGCUAAUUACCACGACAAGCGAAUCGCCAUUCGGAUUUCGGACGGACAGACAGCCAAUAGUGAGCAGGAGCAGCAGCAGCAGCAGCAAACGAGCAAAGGACAACGGUAGUCAGAGCCAAUAACCACCCAACAUAAUAAAGAUAUUUCAUUCCGUUUGCGCGCUUUGCUCCUUUGUUCCCGACGAAAUUUCGCGCACGCAGCGACUGCGGAAGGAAGAAGAAAGAAGGAAUUGAAGCGAAGAAGUGAGGAGAAGGAGAACUUGAGGCGCCUCGCCAUAAACGUACAAUUCGAGUACUUGAACGUCAACACAACAACUGCCAUAUCAUUAGCCAGCCAGUGAGAGAACGGGAGUUAACUUCAUUGCCACCACUUUGUCAUAUAUCAACAUGUGCCAUGGAGAAUUGCUUAGGCGGCAGCAAACGUACCAUCCGAGCACAAAGGGACUUACAACAAUUGAAGCAGCAAUGCCAGCAGUUGCCACCGAACCAGAAUUUCUACACGCAACAACAGCCACAGGUACAUCGGCAAGCGCAAACUAUCAAACAGCAGCAACAACAACUACAACAGCAACUCCUGCAACAGCAGCAGCAGCAUCAACAAUUGCAGCAACAGCAAAGGCUCUUGCAACAAGAGGAACAACAGUUGCAAAAAACAGCAGCACUACUGCACCAACAACAACAACAACAGCAGCAGCAGCAACAACUCAUACAUCCGUUUCAACAAUUGACGCUGCAGCAUCAACAACAACAACAGCAGCUGCAACAACAGCAACACCAACAACUGCAGCAGCAGCGGGAUAUUGCCUAUCAAUUGGCCGCCGCGGAAGCGGAGCACAAUCGCCAGGCGUCAGUGUCGACAACAACACCUAAAUUGGUCGCCAAUUGUUUGCAUUUUCCACCGCCGCCCGAUUAUCCACCGCCACCACCGAAAACGCCAACGGCCAGCACCGGCGCCACUGUGACCACAGCAGCCACUAAAACGAUGUCCACGGCCAGCGCGAAGUCAGGAGCGCCAACGACUGCGACAACAACAGCAGCAACAGCAACACCGCUGGCAAACAAAGCGACUGCGAAUGCCAUCGGGCAUCACCAUCAACACCAUCAGCAUUAUCACCAACAACAGCAGCAGCAGCAACAACAGCAACAGCUACAACUACAACAACACCAGCAACAACUACUACAACAACAAUUGCCACCGCCACAUCACUAUCCACAACAACACACCGACAAUGUACUGACGCACUUGGAACCACUGGCGCCACCUGCUGUGUCCGCAGCCACACACGCCACCGCUACGCUUGCGGUAAACGCCACUUUGACCCCGUCGUCCGCGAACAAUGCCACCAACAACAACCACCACUCGUCCGCCUCCAGCUCACCGUCUUCCUCGUCGGCGACCAGUGGCACGACUAUAGGUGUCAGCCCUUAUGGCAGGCGACAAGUGUUGCCACGCUACCCCGACCCGGAUCCGGACGCCAUUGAAGUGUGCGACGAGCAGGAGCCCAUAAACAUUACGCGAAUGUCAUCACGUCACAAUAGCAAAACCCUCGGUCGCGCAAAUGAAUUGUUCAACGCGGACGCGAAAUGGUCUGCGGUGCAACAGACCACAAGUUUACAGCUGUUGCAUCAACAUGCGCACGCCACACAUCCGCACUCGCAGCAUGAUUACUCGUAUGCGUAUUAUGAGCCGGGCGCCGCGAUGCGUCACUCGAACAUACCACCGCCCGAAAUGAUGGUACCUGGUAGCGCACACACGAUACACCAUGCACCGCCGCCGCCCAACUCGAUACGCGCAUUGCUCUCGAAGGGUAAGAAGAACAAAUUGUUGGCAUCGCCGGCCGCACGUCAUGCCUACCAGGCGCAUUACGGUCUAGAUGGUGGCGCCACAGCAUGUGAUAGCGCUACAUUGCGCAGUAUGGCGGGUGCGACCAGUGAGAAUUUCUACGAAGAGAUAUCCUCAAAUGAAGCGGCACUGCAAUAUCACCACAACAACCAUCAUCAUCAUCAUCAUCUGCGGCCAACGGGCGCAUCACAUUCGGCCGGUUCGCUAAAUCAAUCGUUGGUCGAGGAGGAAUUGCGGCGCGUACAGAGUCAUCAUCAUAAAAUACUGGGCGAAUUAAAUUUGUCCGUGGAGGCCAUGCUGAUGCCCGAAAGUCCGCCCAGCAGCAGUCCGACCAAUUGUGAGGCCCCCACCGUUAGCGUUACCACCGCUUCCGGACAGCCGAAUAUCGGCGCUGUUGCCACCGGAGGCGCUGGCAGCUUACGUCUCUCCUCCACGUCAGCCGAUAAUAUCUGUGAUGGAAAUCUCUCCGAACUGUUGGGCACUGUAGGUCCCACAGAUGAGCUACUCUCGCCGGUGCAGUCGUCAACAAAUGCCGCCUUCUGUGCGGCCGACUUAGAUAGCGGUUUUAGCGGCAGCAGCGGUGCCAGCUAUAUUGGCAGUCUGCGCAUACACAAAACCAAUGCCGCAUUGUCGCAUAUAAUGAGCACGCGUCAAACGCAGGCCAAUAGUGCGGCACCAUUGUCGACAUCCUGCAAUUUUUCUUAUGGCACACAGAGUUGUCGCUCCUUUCAGCGUUCGUCGUCGACGAAGCAACCGCAUCACUUGACGCUUGAUGAUGAUUUAAAUUCGGGCUUCUUAACGCGCGCCUCGUGCGGUCGUCGCAUACUCAAUUGCGCCAAAAUACGUGCAGCCGAGGAUCCGGGACCGGUGGUACCGACGGAGUCGAAAGCGCGCAGCUUCUGGAAUCGUAAAGGUUGGCGCAAAUUGCCCGGCUUCUCGACGUCCACAUCCAGCAUUAACGAUACUGGCAUAACAGGUGAGCCAAUUUCCAUGAAAAAUGUGAAAGGAGACAACAACACAACAACAACAACAGACACGAAGACAAGAACGAAAACGAAAACGAAAAAUACGAGUACAAAGGCGAUUCCAUUAAUCUGCUUAAAACGCUGACCUUAAUUGGUGAAGUGUCAUUUGUCAGUGCAACAUUGUUGCUGAUGUGCUUGCUGCCUCUUGAUUGUGUGCUGUGCUGUGCUGUGCUGUGCUGUUCUGUCUGCUCUGGUGUGUUGUGGAAUGGAAUGAGUUGGAAUGGACGAAUGGAGUGGCCGAAUGGACUCGAGAGCGAGAAGAAGUGGUAAAGUGGUGAAGUGCCGUUGAAUGGAAUAAGUGCCAUGGGUGUCAAAGAGUGGCUUGGAUUGGCGCGCUUGCGGUGGCGUGCAUACGUACAUAUGUCUUUAUUGUUGCUGUUGUCGUUGCCAUUAUUGUUGUUGGUUUUGGUGUGUUGGUGUUGUUGCUGUGCUCUGCAUUGCAUUAGCGCAUCCGUUGCCGACAUUGCGACAAGGUGAAACAAUUGAUGGCUCUGCCAUCAAAGAUUUGUCUCGUUUCUAUAAAUCAUAUGCGCGCGCGACGCCCCUCGCCCUGGCGUCGUGUGGAAACGCGCGCGCAGCAGCGAGUGCUUUUGAGUUGAGUUGUACUGCCUGUGACCAACCAACCAAACAACCAGCCAGCCAAGCAGCUAACUAACGAAGCAGCCAAGUCAGGCAGCCGGCAACACUUAAUAUCCGCUCAACUUCAACCAGCAGCCCGACCAACACCGACUUGCGGGCUUAGCGACCACAUGACUUAACAUAUCGGCAUACUUACAAGCAUUGCCGCAUGCAUAUGCAUUACAACCAUCAUACAUAGAUACAGAUAUAUAUAUAUAUAUGUAUUUGUAUUUAUGUAUGUGCGCUUUUGUACGGUUGGCUGUAAGUAGAAUGUAUAUUGCUCUGAUCAUUCUGUUGAACGGUUUGUCGCCGUUUGCUCUACUGUCUGACUUGUGGUGGUAAUUUAUAAGGCUUAAGGGAUAUCCAGCGCUACUUUUCACUGUCCUGUACAACAGCCAACAAACAGCCACACAUACACAGCGCUGUAGAUACGAGUUCAUUUAGCCAUGUACAUAUGUUAUUGUCGCCAUUGUAUCGCACAAUCAAACGCUGCGAUCUUCCUCACUUCGCUAAUCACGCAAAUGUGUUUUUGAUUUAUCACAUUGGGCUUUUCGUAUGAGCGCGGACGGGGCAUGGUGCCGAGCAGACGCGCGGUGCGGCGCGGCGCACACAGCAGUGAGGCCUUUAUUAUUUGCGUUUACUUUGUACGUAGCAACUAGAUACACACACACAAACAAACAUAAAUACAAACAUACAUAGAUAUAUAUAAACACACAUACAUACAUAUACACAUAUAUAUAGAGUAUAUGCCAGUUAAUGAUUACAAAGACUGCACCAACGAUUUGAAAUGAAAUGACAAAAAUGCGAAACAAAAAAACGUUAUGUAUGAGAGAUGAGCGGUGAGCGGCGAGCGCUGAGAUAUGUGGAAUGUGGAAAUAUUUUAAAUUUGACUUUUGCAAAUGGAAUUUAAAUAUUGUAUCUAAUUGUAGCACUGUAUAUACCAGAUUUUACUAACACAUAUAAACUAAGCAUAUUGAACUUAAAGCAUCAAUUGAAUAUACACAAAAAUGCAUUGAUGAUGAUACUAAAAUUAGUAAUACUUAAGUAUCGAUGUAAGCAAAAACAACAACAGUUAAAUAAAUUAUAAAAAAUCAAAAUUAA